AGGAAGGAGAAUUGUGUUGCCCCCUACCUUCUUCACUGGUGGUGCAAGGAAUCUUAAGUUUGAGGAUCGUCUUGAUAUCGUAUGUAAGGUUUUUAAGAUAAAGAUGGAUGGUCUUAUGAAAGACUUGCGGCAUAAUAAGGUGUUUGCUAGUGUUAAAGCAGUGAUUUACACCGUUGAGUUUCAGAAGCGAGGAUUGCCUCAUACACACAUACUAUUAUGGCUGGCAUGUGAGGAUAAGUUGCCAACACCAACUGACAUUGAUAGGGUUAUUUCAGUAGAGAUUCUCGAUAAAGUCGAGGACCCACGAUAUUACAACGCAGUUCGUGAUUUUAUGAU